CCAUAAGUAGCACUAUUCGGCCUCGAUUGAACAUCCCACCUUCGUCUUUCAAUCGGCAAACCACAGCUUCGCAGGCCAGCAUUCAUACGCCCACCGUCGAAACACCAUCAACGUCGCCAGUUCGAACCUUUCCAAAGCGCGACUCUUCCCCAUCAAGCCAGUAGAUAGACCAUCAUGCGUUCCAUCGGCCUAAUAGUCACAAUCGCAGCCACGCUUGGGGGGCUCUUCUUUGGGGGAACGCUCUCGAUGUCGACCCUUCGGGCAGACCCAGGAUGGCACACAUUCGCCUGCGACCCUUCAGAUACAAUCUGGCAAGUCCAAGACAGCAGAUGUGGAAACCCCGAGUGUCCCCAGGCGCAGACUGGAAUCCCGCAGGGCAAGGGCCGACAGUUCUGCAGACGCUGUUCUCAAGCAUCUCUCUGGAUCCCACUCAGUGCAUGCCCCUAUAACUUCAGCGGUUGCAACUCGAUCUCAAUCCCCUCAAGAGUUAGUAGUUUACAUGACCCACAAUGUCAAGGUGGAACUGGGGUACACCAUUCAAGAGCUCUCUCCAACUGCAUCAGGUGUUCAGCAAGCUUUGAGCAAAUGGUCUGGACAUGCUUGUAUCCUGAUUGCAGGGUCACCUUGGAUACUGUACCCAUCUGCCAGAAUUGCAAACGUGCAUCUGGAACCUGAUUCAUCUGACCCCCCAGCCAACAUUAAUGUUAUAUGUGCAUAAAAAAUUUAAAAAAAUAAAAUAAAAAUAUUAAAU